GAUUUAGUUUUAAAGAAUUUGGAGAUUUUUAAGAAUUUAUUUGUGGAUUCUUCGCAGUCGACAUAUUUAUUUUGUUUACGUUAUAUCACGCUUGUGUAUGUGUCAGUGUAGAAGUGCAUCCAAGUUUUUUUGUAUGGAUCUUGGUAUAGUUGUUGCUUUGCUGUAAUACCUUGCAUUUAACUGACUGACUGACUCGCUGGCUGACGAACGGGUUGUUGAUGACAACGUCAUAAUACAGUGCCGCAUUACGUCUCGAUUUUCUUUUUAACUUUCAUUUCUCUUUUGUUUUGAUUUUUCGAGAAAUCAACAACAAAAACCCCAACCAACAAUAAAAAUAACAAAACUCGUAUAGAAAACAGAAGAAAAAAAAAUCAUAACAAACAACCACAGUGGCUAGCAACAACAACACGCUCACUCACUCACAACAACAAAAACGACAAGUAAAACAAGCCAACAAAGUCGUGUGAGCUCUGAGCGAGCCAGCGGCCGGACAGACAUUCAGGCAGUCAAGCCCAAAACGAAACAAAUAAUCAAGCAGCCAGCACAGCAAGCAAGAAACUAAACUGAACUGAACUGAACCGUCCGCUCACACAUACACACACGAACACUCAACGCGAGCUAGCUAGCUAGCUGACUUGCUGGCUGGCUGUCGGGCAGAAGCAGAAGCAUAAUCAAAUACACACAAAACAACAAAGUGUAUUUACGAAAAUCAGUCGUUGAUAGCCAACUCUCGUGUUCAGACGAUAAGCGCUUUUUUGGAGAAGAGAGCACCCCCACAAAUACACAGCGAACAGAACGGACCAACCCGACCGACCGAACGUACAACAAACAAAACACGCAGCAGAACGUAAUGCAAUCGAUUCCAUGUCGAUGAUACGUCGUUGCCGAAUUGUCGUAUCGUUCAACGUAUGCACUUCAAACGUCAUUUGAAGGCUCCUCAGCUGUAGCAGCAGCACCACCACCACAGCCAACAACAACAACAACAGCAUUGAAAGAGACCAAACAACCCCACGCACCAACAGCGCAGCGUAUUCCAACGUUCGUUCGAUCGUCAUCAGUGCUCGCUCUGUGAAGAAGAAACCCAACCCGCAUAAAUAAAUCCGAAAAACAAAAAUAACAACCGAAAAGAACAAAACGGAAAGCGGAAAACUAAAAAAACCUUCUGAAAUAUUUUGUGAAUUCAAAAUCACUAUUUGUACUAUUUAAAAGUGCUUUGUUACAAAAAUAAUAUUUUAUGUAAAUAAAAUUAUUAAAAAAACAACAAAAAAUACAGGACUGUGUCACACAGCAACUAGAAAAACAGAAAAUAAUAUUCAUUUGAAAACAACCGCAUUUUUAUUUUGAAUUUUGAGUGGAGCUCCAAUCCCUGGCCGGUUUGAAAAAAAAGACCGUUUAACCAAAAUAGCUCAGUGACAAGUGGAUUAUGCUUAGGUCCAACCACAAAGCCAAACGUCAUCAUCUGUUAACCCCUUGUGAACGGCAUGUAGUCAAGUUAAUAGCAGGUCUCCAUGCCCCAGUCAGUGAAAAAGGCCCAUACAACAGUUUCCAAAACAGACGAAAUGUUAUAGCCCCCAGUGUAAACGGGAAUCAGAAAUUUAGUCAACGCAUUUCAAAUUUUCAAUUUCAAUAUUAUCAAACAAAUAUUCCCGGAAAAUCGUCACUAUUUCCAAUUAAAAAACGCACGUUUCAUAGUCACACGACGACGACAACGACGACGGAGAUCGCCAGAAAAACAAAUCGUGCAGACAAUCACAACAAAUCUAAGCGUAAAGCGGCAAUGAUCAUUGCAACUUAACAGCGGAGAGGUACAGGAGAAGAGAGGAAAAAGGAAAACACAAAAGAAGUCAAAAGAAAAACUAUUCAAAAAAAUUAAGAAAAAAAGAAAAACAAAAAUCUAUAAAACAUAUUUCCAAAAACAACAAAAAAUACAUAAAUUUUAUUAAAGGUGUGCUGAUAAGAUAUUGAGUGCGAGAGAGAGAGAGAGAGAAUAAACGAGAUAGAAAGUGAAUUAAUAAAAUCUAAUAAUAAUAAAUAAUAAGAGUGUCAACAGAAGCUUGAUAAUCAAUCAAAAAACAAGAAACAACAACAAUAACCACAAAAUUAUAAUAACCGGUUCCAACAAGAGUGACAAGGAAAAUUAGUUCAAAAUUUCUCAAAUUUUAAAUGGUCCAAAAUAUUUUGUUAAAAAUUUUCUAAAUUCAAUAAAAUAUCAAUAAAAAAAAAACUUUUGUUUACAUACCAAGUCAAAUUGAGUCUGUUAAUAACAGCUGUUAAAUUAACAUAACCUCAAAACAUAACAUAGUGCUGUAAAAUUAACAAAAUAUCCCAAAAAAAGAGAUAAAAUAAAGUUUUGGAAAAUAAUAGAUACACAAAAAAGUAAAAAUAAAAAAAAAAUUAAAAUAUUCUAGAUAAAAAAUCGAUUUUUUUUAAUAAUAAAACAUAAAUUGUUAAAAAAAUAAAACAAAAAAAUCAAAAAAGUGCAAUACAGUUUACAUCAAACAAAGAAAAAAAUUGUAAAAAAUGAAAGUACCACAAAAAGUGUUUAAUUCAAAUAAAAUUAAAUUGAAAAAACAAUUAUGAUAAAAGUUUUAUUAACUAAAUCCAGCGAGUAAUAUUUCUAGAAAUCUACAAAAUUCUAUUUGCCUUUUUUUCGAUACAUCAAAUUUCGUUCUUCCCUAAUAUUUGUUUUUUUUUGGCAAAACAAAAUCGUGUGCCACAAAAUUAAUUUUCUCAAAAAAUAAAAUUGAAAAACACACAAAAAGUCUUCCAUUUUAUUUGUUUCGUUUGAUUUCCUUCAAAUUUCCAAAACAAAUCUAAAAUCCAAAAUGUCUACCGGACGUCGUCUAGCCAAACGCUCAAUAAUUGGCACCAAAGUUUGUGCCCCCGGUCCUGAUGGCCUGUGGUAUUCCGGUGUUAUACAAGAUGUCAAAACACCGCCCACGGCCACCGUUACCAGUGCCAAUGCCAAACCGUCAACGCCGGAUAGUGCCAAUGAAACCAAAUAUAUUGUUCGUUUCGAUUUCAAAACCCAAGAUCAUGUGGUAGCCUCAACCUCGGCUGAGGCCCGCCGUCAUGCCGCCAGUGUUCACAUAAGUCCGGCUCAAACCUUACGACGCAAUGCCAUGAUAAAAGAAUUUCGUGAAACUGAUCUCAUCGGUCCCGGUUUUCGUUCGAUUUUGGGUGUCAAACUACAGCCGGGACAACGUGUAUUUCUAACCUAUAAUGGUCGAGAGACAUCGGGCGAUGUUAUUCUACAUGAUUCCAGCAAGGAUGAAGUUUUGGUGAAGAUAACAACAAUUGGUAGUGAGGAACCCAUUGAACUGAAAAAACGUUUGGAAGAGGUGCGUCUCCUUGAAUCGAGACGUUCAGCACGUUUAGCCGAUCAGGAUACAGAUUUUGCCCGUUUAGCCGACAUGGGUGGAGACAGACGCAAGCCAUCACACAGUAUUGAGGUGCCAUUUGCAGCCACGCCGCAACACAAUUCACGCAAACGUCCACCGUCGUGUGCAACGGAAUGCAAUGGUGGCGGCGAUCAAUACGACGAAGAGGAAAUGAAUGAAAAUAAUGCGGCCAUGAUUUUGGUUACACUGUCAUCUUGUCCAAAGUCACCCAAAAAUGGAGAUAAAUGGGGUUCCAGUCCAGGUAGUUCAUCGGCCUCAUGGAGUUCGGGAUCUUCAUCGCCGCCCCUAAGUGACGAUGGUCACAAUAUGGGCGUUAUCACAAAUGAUGCCUCGGCCAGUGCCCGAAUACGCACCACAUCAGUCUCAACGUCCGAUGAGGGUAUCGUUAUGGAUUUCAAAGAGGAUGCACCGCGCAAAAAGAGGGCCAAUAAGACAAAAUUUGUUUGUACCUGGAAACGCUGCACCAUUAUUGAGCAUACAAAAGCAAAGAUUGAACGUCACAUACGUAUGGUCCAUCUUGACAGCAAAAAAGCAAAACGCACAGCAAAUCAUGUAGAUAGCGAUAGUCACGACAGUGAUAGUCAUGAAGAGGAUUUCUACUACACAGAAGUCGAAGAUGAUGAUGAUGACUGCAAAACUCCUAGUCCAACAUCACCCCCAACACUUAGCCACCGUGACAUGGCUCGUCCGCCACAUGAAGAUCCCGAAUACCAAAGACAAUUAGUUGGGAAUUUUAAACAAGGACGUGUUGCUGCCCAACAGCAACACAUAAACGGCAGAAAUAUACAUCACGUGAAUGGCCAGACAGUUCAUAUUAGCAGUAGCCAACAACAGCAACUACACAAUAACAAUACCAGUUGUAUACCAACGUCACCGUUGGCCCAUCACAAUUACACAUGGCCACCGGCUACAGCCACAACAGUGAUGACAACAUCGCCCAUUACUCACACCUCAAAUAAUGCUGCCCCAAAUAAUUAUCACAAUCAUCAGCAACACCACCACCAACAACAACAACAGCAGCAGCAACAACAACAACAAUCAACGGCGUCACCACAACUCAUCAAACAUGCCCGGGCCUCACCACGUCCGUCCCAAACAGCAGCGCCAUAUCCAUCGCCAACAUAUGUCAAUCAACAUCACAACUACAGUAGUCCGGCGCCAGCCAGCCCGAAUAAUGUGACAAAUGCGUCCAUAGUUCACCACAAUAAUAGUGCCAACAGUGUGCUACAACAGUUGUCACAACAGAACGUCACUGUGACGACACAUCACAGCAACAGUCAUCAUCACCACCAGAACCAACAACAGCAGCAGCAACAACAGCAGAUGGCAACGGUUACAAUUACUCCAAAUUAUACACAAGUGCGAGGGGCAAGGGGUACCAAUGGCGGUCAAGAUACCCACCAAACACAUCAGCUGCAACAGCAGCACCAACAUCCUCAACACCAACAACACACCCUUGCCCAUCAGCAACCGCAGCAGCAUCAACAACAUCAUUUGCAACAUUCGCCAACAGCCACUGCCAGCAACAGAAUGGUUGCAUCGAAUAACCCUAAUUGUUCACCGUCGUCCACUGCCACCACGGCGACGGGCCAUGUACACCACCAACAACAUGUUGCUGUGCAACAUGCUAAUCGGCAAACGCCCAACUCACCGAAUCGCCGUACCAGAGGCGAGAAUAAGAAAUGUCGCAAAGUGUAUGGCAUGGAGCGUCGUGAUAUGUGGUGCACUCAGUGUAGGUGGAAGAAGGCCUGCAGCCGUUUUGGUGACUGAAAAAGGCCUAAAUCGUCGAAAAUGACAACGACGACGACAACAACCACCACCACCAACAGCACCACCACCACAACUACAAUGUCAUCAUUAUUACCAUCAACACCAACACCACCACCAACAACAAAUUUGACUGAGAAUACAUCGUCGAUGCCGACAAGCAUUAAUCAAACAACAGUAACAAUUGCAGCAACGCCACUGACAGCUUCAACAUCGCCAUUAGCACCACCAGCGCCACCGUUUCUUUCAAUAUCAUCAUCAACGCCAGCUGCCGCUUCCUCUUCAAGACAUUUGACAUCUUCGAUUAACACCACCAAUACCCACACAACAAUGACAAAAGCGAACGCCUCAGCAAAGACCCCAACAAAACGUCCAGCCCCCACAUCGCCCUCUCUCAAGCAUCUAGCAAGCAAACAAUCAAAGAAAAACAACAAUGUCACCAAUAAUGCGGCAACAAUUGUUCUUCACAACAACAGUGGCAGCAGCAACAACAAAUCUGCAUCGAAUACGACAAUAACCGAUGCUAAACUGUGCGGCGCCGUUGCAACAUCUGUUAUUGUUAAACCUAAGAACAGCAGUAAUAAUACCUUUAAAUCCAACAACAACAACAUCAUUGGUGAUAAUCAAAUGCAACAUCUAUUAUCGGCAAAUGCAACUCUGACUGUCAUAAGCCAGCCACAAUUCGGUGCAAUACAACAACAGCAGCAGCAGCAACAGCAGCCAUCAAAUCAACUCUUUUUGAAAUCAACAUCUCAUGUAAUGGCCGACGGCAACGAUACAAUAGUAACAACAACGCAACCGCAACAACAAAUUGUUUUAUUGCAGUGUUAAAUAACUUCCGGGGUUUCCCAAAAUAAGAAAACAUUUCCUCCAGCUGGCACAGAUAAAAGCCCUUUAAGGUCUAUGUUCACACCUUUAUUUCAUGUUACAGAAAUUGUGUUCUUUGCCAACUAUCCAGAUUAAUUUGGAAAUAGUAUUUACUUCGUGCCGGAUAAGCUUCAGUUUAGCCAGCCCAACAUGCCAUCAAUUUGUAACUGCCAGUAAAUUGUUGGCCGGAACAGCGAGCUAAAAAACGUAAAGAAAAAAGUAUGUGUUAGAUGUUAUUUAGCUUAAGAUUGAUUUGUUUAAUACAGUUUUUUUCACCAGAGAUUGAGAUCUCAUGAGCAAUUUGCUUAAGAAAAAAAAAAAAAAACGAAAUAUUGAACUGAUCAAAUUUAAUACUGAAUGGAAUGGUUCCUUUAUGAAUUCCAAUGAAUCGCCAACUAAUCUAAUUGGCCGUCAUCAAUAGCGAUGUAUAGUUCAUUUGUAUGUACUUAAAAAAUUUAAGAAUUCUUUUCAAAUUCAAAUUUACCAUUGGAUUAGACGUUUCUCCGCCUUUAAAAUGUGAAGAAAGAUUGGUUGUUUGGGAAUAAUGAUGAAGCCAUUCUCUUACUCCGUGUAUGGGGAAAACAUAUUCAUGUGUCUGAAUAUGUCUGCGGUGAAAAAAGUACAAGUUGUUGGCCUAUAUUUUAUGAGAAUUAUUAACAAAGUAUUGUGGCUUCUAAAGGAAGCAUACACAUUUACCGUCACUAUUUCCGAAACGAGGUAAGGUUCUAAAAACAGGGUUUUUAUCGAAUCGUUUACUGUUGUUUGGUUGUUUCUUUAUUUUAUUGCAAUUAUUAUUGAAAUUCUGAAACAAAAACAGUUUUCUUCAAUAUUUUCUUUUGAAAGCGUUUUUCUUAUUAUUUAUUAUACAUAAAAGUUAAUUAUGGCUGAAUAAUGUAUGUUCAAGAUUGUACAUAUGUAACCCAGACAUAAAUACUUGUAUCUUUUUUGUCUUAUUUUAAUUAUAUCAAAAAUAUAUUUUAUAUACAACUUUUUUGUUUUUCUUUUUUGUUUUGUUUUUAUUUUUUAUUUUUAUUAGUUUAGUUUUAAUCAAAUGUUUAAUUUUGUUUACACCCAUACACACAUACAAUAUAUAAUUAAAUUAUUUUAUAUGAAUUUAUCUUAUAAGUUUUAGACAAUUUUUCAUUAGUUUCGUAAGAGUUCGAAAUACAAUUACAACAACAACAACAAACACAAUUAAUUAAUUAAAAUUUUACUUUUAUUACCACUAUUAUUAUUCUAAUUAUUAAUACAACAAUUAUUGUUUUAAAUUUAAAUGAAAUGAGCACUUGCAUAAGCAGACCCAAGAAAAAAGAUGAAAAUGAGAAAUGAAAAUAAAAAUAAAAAUACACACUAAGUAAAUGAAAAUAAUAAAUGAAAUAAAUCCAUAAACACAAUACCAAUAUUUAAAACAAACAAACAAAAUAAUCCUAGAUCAAUUUUACUAAAAUCAAAUAUGUCUACAUACACAUACAUACAUAAAUAAAUAUUUACAAAUACAAAUAUGUAGCGAUAAAUGAAUGAAAAACGCAAAACAUUUAAUUUAAAACCGUUUACAUUGUAAAUUUGCUAAGAGCGGGAAACAAACAGCAUGCAUAUAAAAUGUUAAGUAUUACAAAUAUCACAAUUACAUUAAAAAUGGAAAUUAAAACAAAUAAGAAUUGUUAAAUUCUAAUAUUUGAAUUGUAGCUAAAUAAAUCUUCAAAUAACUUUGAACAGUCUGUAUAAAGUAAAGUGACAAAAAGAAACAAAAAAAAAAAAAAAAAAAACAAAAACAAAAUCAAAA